AGUUCUUUUCGCGAUUUCAUCUCCGAGAGCUUUUCGAGGGGCGUCGCUGUGCCUGCAACAUUCGCGAUGAAGAUCUUCCGGAAAAGACUGGAAAGAAGUGCUCGCGAAGGAAAGACCACUGUCAUCCUUGAUGGAUUCCCCCGAAGCACCAAGCAGCUCCAGACAUUCGAGAACGAGAUUUCUACCGACUAUGAAACUGUCUACCUUUAUUGCUCGCCAGAACUUCUAGCACGCAGGCUAGGCGCGCGUGCAAAGUCGUCCGGUCGGGUGGAUGACGAGGACGAGACGAUCCGUCUGAGACGGGCUGCAGAUUACAACAGAGACACUUCGGACAUAAUCAAGCGCCUCCGCGAAAAGCCAUUUCACAAGGUACAUUCUCACUUCCCAUACAUCUGA